GCAUCGAUCGGCUGAGAGUAUCUGAGUACGCGCAUACGAUUUUCAGACUCCACUCGUAUGGACGCAACACUAACUCUCCUGGUUCGUCUUUUAUCUUUAAAUUUACGGCUACAUAAGCCCUAAACCCCUAAAUAUCUGCUCCCAACAACAUCACCAUUUUAACCUUAUCUUCUCUUCAUCUCUCUCUCUCUCUCUCUCUCGCUCUCUCGCCAGCUCUCCGUGCAAUUGCUUCUUGCCUUGUCUAAUGGUGACACUCAAUGCAUAUCUACUCCCCAAAAAUAUAAUUUCCUCGUCAUUAAUAUCUUCAGAAUCAAGUGUGAGGUCUUCUGCUCCAAUCUAUGCCUCCAUUUCUCGGGUUCCGCUCGUUUCUGCCUUUCGAUUCAAUUCCUUAUCUUACUUCCCAACUCGUUCUUCCUCCAACUCCUCUGCCUCCUGGACGCCCAUUCGAGCGGCGGUCGGUGGAGAUUACACUUCAAGGAGGAGUAGUAGCAACGAGCCUAGGGAGACUAUUUUGCUACCCGGCUGUGAUUACAAUCACUGGCUCAUCGUAAUGGAAUUUCCCAAGGAUCCCGCACCCACGAGAGAACAGAUGAUUGAGACUUAUCUCAAUACUCUCGCUACCGUAUUGGGCAGGAUUGCCUGGAGUCCUUUGGGUGUUGCCAGAUUCAUAUAUUGAUGUGAAGAAUAAGGACUAUGGAGGUGACAAAUACAUUAAUGGAGAGAUAAUUCCUUGUAAAUACCCCACCUAUCAACCAAAGCAACGUGGUGGAUCGAAAUAUGAGAGCAGAAGGUAUGAAAGGCGGAGGAGUGCUCCUCCCCCUGAGCGAAGAAGACCCAGACAGGAGGCAACCCCGCCAGAGUCAGCCUCUGGAUGAGGUACUGGAGUCAGUUGUUUUUUUCCCCCAUGGAUUAAAUCUUUAACAUUAGUACUUUUUGGGAAACUUGUAUCUGCAGAUGACUGAUGUUUUGUUAACAAACAUUCAUGUCUGCACAUUUGUGCUAGAGAGGCUGUCAUGCACAUAGUUGAAAACCAGAGUUUACAGGACACUUUUUAAAUUUUUAUCAUGUUUGGUUGCUUGUUUAUUUGUACAUCAUGGAAGCUACAGUUAAUUGUGACCCAGAGAAAGAAAAUUUAAUAUUUUUUGUGAAAUUAUAAUGUAUGGGAAAGUUUUGUAA